AUGAAGAACAAGACUAUUGCAAUGGAAUUUAUUUUGCUGGGAUUCUCCAAUGAACUGACUAUAAAUCAAUUUUUGUUUGUGUUGUUUUUCUGGAUUUAUUUGCUAAUUAUUAUUGGAAAUGGUCUCAUAAUACUUGUGAUCAUUAUUUAUCCCCAUCUGCAUAGUCCGAUGUAUUUCUUUCUGAGCAAUUUGUCCUUUAUUGAUGUGUGUUAUUCAUCAUCUGCUCUACCCAGGCUCCUGGUGGAUCUUCUUUCUACUUGUAGGAAAAUUUCCCUGGCUGCUUGUCUCACUCAAAUUCAUAUGUUACUACUAAUGGGAGCCACAGAGUACCAACUGCUCGCACUCAUGGCCUAUGACCGAUACCUUGCUAUCUGCCACCCACUUCACUACCCAACCCUUAUGAGAUGGAGCAUUUGUUAUCGACUGACCAGUCUUGUGUGGAUAUUUAGUUUUAUAAUUAUUUUAGUUCCAUCUAUUGUCAUGCCUGAAACUUUAUGGUGCGGUGCCCACGAGAUUAACCACUUCAUGUGUGAAGCUCUAGAAGUAUUACAAUUGUCAUGUGAUAAAAAUGAUGCUAAAGAACUUUUGAUAUUUCUUCUGAGUUUUGUUACUAUUCUCAUUCCAUUCCUUUUAAUUUUGACCUCCUAUGUUUGUAUUUUGCUUUCCAUAUUAAAGAUUCGCUCUGUAGGAAGAUCUAAGGCCUUUUCCACAUGCACCUCACACAUAACUGUGGUGGCUUUAUUUUUUGGAACCGGAAUGAUUACAUACUUAGGGUCACUAUCCUGCCAUUCACCAAACCAAGGGAAAUACAUUUCUAUCUUUUAUGUGAUUGUACCACCAAUGUUGAACCCUCUUAUUUAUAGUUUGAAUAACAGGGAGGUUAAAAUUGCCCUUUCUAAAAGCCUUAAUAACUUUUUGAUUAUGUAUUAA